GCAGAAACCCUGUCCAGGCGCUGCAGCUUUAUGGAUCAGUAAAAGCUGCAAGGUUCUCGCUUGCUCAGCACUUCGCAGUCCCAGGAAACCCAGAUCGUCAACAACCGCCCCCCUCCCUCCCGCACGCCGCCGCCUCCCGUACCUCUAGCCUAGCUUCACUUCAGGGCGACCUCUCUUUAGAUGCGUUUCUUUCGCACCUUUUCCUUCUCCGGGAGAGGAGGAAAAUGUAGCAGGCUUGAGUCCGGAGAACUGCUGCGCUCGCUUGCUGCAUUGAGGUCUGGCCCGGAGCCGGCGCGUUUAGCAUUGACGCAAUAAAAUUAGCCUGGAGAAGAGAAAUGGAGACGUACUGGGGAUAUCAGAGCGGGGCUGGCAGCCCUUAUGACUACUCGGGGAUGGGUGCCAAUGGGACUGGCAUCCAAAGCAGCACUUACUACAAUGAGGACCUUCUGCACAAGACUAUCCUGGUUGGAGACAGCGGAGUUGGGAAGACAUCACUGCUGGUUCAGUUUGACCAGGGCAAGUUCAUCCCAGGCUCUUUUUCUGCAACUGUGGGCAUCGGAUUUACCAACAAAGUGGUGACCGUGGAUGGGGUGAAGGUGAAACUGCAGAUCUGGGACACGGCAGGCCAGGAGCGGUUCCGAAGCGUGACUCAUGCCUACUACAGAGACGCACAGGCACUCCUCCUCCUCUAUGACAUCACCAGCAAAAUGUCCUUUGAUAAUAUCCGGGCCUGGCUUACAGAGAUACACGAAUAUGCCCAAAAGGAUGUGGUCAUUAUGUUACUAGGCAACAAGGCCGAUGUGAGCAGUGAGAGAGUGAUAAGAACAGAAGAUGGGGAAUCAUUAGCCAGGGAAUAUGGAGUGCCUUUUAUGGAGACCAGUGCGAAGACUGGCAUGAACGUGGAGCUGGCGUUUCUGGCCAUUGCAAAAGAGCUCAAGCAGCGAGCCGUCAAGCAGCCAGAGGAGCCCCGGUUCCAAAUCCACGACUAUAUAGAGUCUCAGAAGAAGAGGAGCAGCUGCUGUGCCUUCCUUUGAGGGAGGAGGAGGAGGAGGAGGAGGACACAAGGGAAACCCGGGGGACCCCCAGUGCACAGCAAAAGAGGUCAAGAAGCAGAACUGGCACCUUGGCAGCAACGCCGGGCAGGAGCUGUGUUGCGGACGCUCUCCAAAGACAAUCCUUUUUAGAGAAUACCGUUUCCAGGUUCUAAAUGAGGUCAUGCCUGCCAUUGCGGGUGUAUGUGCGCUUGCAGGCAUGCAUGAAGAAGGGUGUGUGUGUGUGAGAGAGAGAGUGAGUGAGUGUGUGGUUAUGCGCAAAGUGUUACUUCAAAGGCCAAAUGCACUCGAGUUCAGGACCGGCCGACCUGUGCUCAAAGUGGAGCUGGUCAGGAUCUGUAAUAUCGCCCAGGCCUAGUCUUUGCAAGGAAUUGGCCUGGACUCAAGAUUCCUGGACAGAGCAUCAUGGCUUAUUUAGACAGGGCCACCUCUCCCAGGCCAGCAGGACUGAGCUAGGUUGACCUCAGAUGCAGAAGCAGGAUCUGCGCAGAGGGAGGUGUCCUUUGGCAAUGUCCGUAGGAGUGUUUUGGAUGAGGUAAAGGGUUAAUUUAAUAGCAGUGACAUGACUGGCGGGGGGGGGGGAGAGAGAGAGACUGCAACCCUUUUGCUUCCCCUAGAAAGGUGACGCUUUAGAUGUUAAAAUGAAACUAGCAGGAGUGUCCAGUAAAGAAAAAGUAGACACAUUUCCUUUGACCUCUGGCUCUUUCCUGCUGCCCACGCCCAAAGAUCCUGCAGUCAGGGCUGCCUUCCUUCUCCUCCCUUCCUCCCUCUGCCCCAAGGAAAGGACUGAGGGAUCCAAGUAUUAUUCCUAGUGUGCCUGUUACGUCAGGAAAAUGCUGCCGACCCCAGUUGGUUGGGAAGAGAAAUCGCUCUGCGCAAAUAUAUCUGUUACUGGCUAGAAACAAAGGAAAGCUUUAGAAAGCUCUCAACUCUGCUUUUCGUUCCGGUCAAACCAAGAUCCUCUGCCAAAGUGAAUCCCAGCAAGUUGGAAGGCAGCAGGAUGGGGAGAAAAGUUGGCUCCCUCUGUUCCAGCCUUGGCCAACCCAGUGCCCUGCAAAUGUCUUGAACUACAACUCCCAUCAGCCUCAGCCGCUGAGAGUUUCAGUCCAGCAGGUCACCAGGUUGGCCAAGGCUGCUCCGUUCAGACGCACAAGUUGGCUACUUCAGAGGCUGGCUGCUUUGGAAAGUGGUGGAGCAUUCUACGGUGAUUCCCCCCACCCUGGGCUCCUUCAAUUUCUUGCAAGCAGGGCCUGGUUUCUGGAAGAGAAGCACAAGUUCAUACCAGCCAAGCAGCGCUGCUGAAAGAAUAAGCCCCCAGAGAUCUAUAUUUGGGCCCAUGCAAUACUUGUCCAUCUUGUCCAAACUCCCACCAUUCCAUGCGGCAUGGUGUCAGAAGUCUCCACCGCUGUGAUCCAGAGGUGUUUUCAGAAAUCAUGCCUUACAGCGGGGAUAAGGAACCUGUGGCUUUCCAGACGUUGGCUGAUUACAACUCCUGUCGUCCCCAGCCAUUGCUCUUGCUGGGUGGGGCGGUGGGGCGGCGGGAACUGGAGCCCUCCCCCUGCCUUAUUCAUAUAAGAAGAGUGCUCUUGUAGCCCAAAUAUUGCCGUAGACAACAGAAGCAGCAAAUCCACACAAAGCAAUAGUUGUGAUUCUUAUGUUCCUAGAUUCCUAUGCGAUCCAAAGACCCCUGUGUGCAGUUGAGGCCUGGCCACAUGCAUGUUCGUUUUGAAGUGUGUGCCACUCAGUUCAGUGGGAUAUAUUCCUAGUGAAUGGGAUAUAUUCCACACUUCUCUUUCCUCCGCGCAUUCCAGGCAUGGCCCAUGCUUUAAAGCUCUGCAUCCUUUAUUUUAUUUUAUUUUUGCUUCAGAGUGUCCCCUGCGAAAACUCACUCUUUAAAGCUCAAUUGGAGCAAACAGCAAUCUGCAGGAAAGCCAAAUUUCCAUUGGUUGUGCGGUAAGUGGGUUUUCUUGGGGAAAGCUCUGGAGCAAAAAAAAACAAAAACAAAACACCACAAACCCAAGAGUGCUCAGUCACAGAGCUUUAAAGCACAGACCUAUGCCUGGAAUGUGCAGGGCAAAAGGCAACUGUGGAUAAGCCCUGAGUGGACUGCAGCCUUACUUGAUUUCAAUAGGAUUUUAGUAUGCUGAGCACUUUUGCCAUAUUCUAUGCAAUGCAGCCUAACCUGUCUUCUCGCCACAUGCAUCAUGCUCAUAUUUCCUUAGCUCUGCUUUCUGGAAAUACUUCACUGGUGUAUGUUAUGUUUAAAUUGAUGUGGCACAAACCCUUAGGCUGUUGAAGAAUUUCUCGUGUCUGGGUUCUCACGUUUUGGUUUCUGCAUUUGGAACGUGGCUGUCGUUGUUGCUAAUCACCCCAAAGGCAACGUAUGAGUUGAUUUCCCCAUUCGCCAUCCCCUUCGGUCCUCUUCUAUAAAACGUGGAUUCCUAAAUCAGUGUGGAUUGCCACUGGACCAGACAAGAAUUCUCCAUGGUCUGCCAUGUUGGUUACAUGCUGUUGCUGGAGGUAGAUGCAGUCAGUACCUUGGGAAUAAAUUGAGACUGUUAGCCCCAUGAAAGAGCUGCUUCUCUGCAAUGCCCUUUGAUUCAUUCCCUUGGUGCCAUGCAUAGCCUACCAACAGUGCUAGUGCCCAUAUUUUUAUUGGGUGGAUGGGGGGGUGUCGAGGAAGGCACCCUCAGUAAUGCCCCCUUAACCUGGAAGGAGUGGGGGAUAAAAACAGAACAUUCUUCCUGUGUCCCACAACCCCUUCUUUGGUGCUCCGUGUAGAGUAAAAACAGUGGCGCCAUGGCCCAGACUCAGAGCUGGUAGAUCCUAUGCUGUCCUUGGGAGCCCAGCCCAUCGUUUAAUUUAGGGCUGAAGCUAGUAAAAUGGACUUUGCACCAAAAAGCUUCAAAGUAAUGACUGUAAAUAUGUCAAGGAAAAAGCACAAUGAAGCCGCUGGGAGGAAAAUUGCAGGAAAAUUAUUGUCUGCUUUAGGGGCUGCUCAUGCGUUAUUAUUUUUCUUCCAACCAAAGAUCCACCUUUGUUUGUAAGGCAGCAGGAGCACCUUUUUAGCUGGCUAGAAGCUUCCUCCUAAUUGAUUUAUACCCGGCCUCUGCAACUCACAGUCUACCAAGUGCAGCCCAUGAAUGUUGUGGCCAGCUAGUUGCUUGACAAGGUGGGCAUUAAAUACAGGGGAUGCUAUUA